UGAGGAGGGUAGGAUGGGAGGAGGAGAGGAGGGGGAGAUAGCUGACAUAUAUGCACAGGCAGGAGAAACCCCGCAGCGCACACACACACGCGGGUUCACCAUGUAGAGGCGGACUGACACACACGCGGACUCCUUAUUCAUCCUCAGACUUAAGACCAGCAUGUAUCCUGCGCUGCUCUGACUGGAAACACCGGCUGACGUCAUUCGGAUUUCUCUGCAGAGACAGAAAUAAAAACAGGAGCAGAAAAUGGCAGCCGCAGACAUCUUCUACUUCACUUUGUGGAUCGCCACAGUCCUCACCACCGGACUCAGAUGCCCUGAGCUCUGCACCUGCUCAGAUAAAUAUGGCCGCCAUUUUGCUGAAUGCUCCUACAAAGACUUGGUCGCAGUCCCGGAUGGUUUGCCUCUUAAUGUUACAACUGUGAGUCUCACCGCCAACAAGAUCAGUGUGAUAUCAUUGGGGAGCUUCGACAAUGUCACCCAGGUGACGUCGCUGUGGUUGGCCCACAAUGAGAUCGUAUCUAUUGAACCGGGGACCCUCACACCUUUAGGUUAUCUGCGUAACUUUGACAUCAGCCACAACAGACUUGUAGACUUUCCCUGGGAGGAUCUGCAGAAUCUCACGAGCCUGCUGCUGUUGAAGAUGAACCACAAUGAGAUGGUGCACCUGCCGAGUGACGCCUUCGACAACCUCAAAGACCUGAGGUCCCUCCGACUCAACAAUAACAAAUUCACAACCAUUGCUGAAGGGACGUUUGAUGGUUUGGUGUCAUUGUCCCACUUGCAGAUUUAUAAAAACCCUUUUGCAUGCACCUGCUCCCUUGACUGGCUCAGAGACUGGAUUUCAAAAACCACCAUCACAGUCCCGGAGCAGAAUUCGAUCAUUUGUGCAACGCCACAGAAGCUCAGAGGGGAAAUGAUCGGAAAAUUGCCUGAGUCAAAGUGCACGGGCACAACUGUGACAAUACAAGCCGAGCCAAAUACUCACAACACGACUUUCUUCGAGGGCAGUACGCUGGUGUUGACUUGUGUAUUCACAGGAAACCCAAAGCCUUUGGUGUUGUGGGACAUUCGCAGCAUAAGCCAGAAGCUAGAACUGGCAUUGUCCUUCACUGAGGAUGACUCGGCAGAAUCAAAUGAAGACUCGUUACUGUCCUAUAAUCCAGUCAAAGUCUUUAAUAAUGGGACUCUCAUCAUUUCAUACCUCAGGAAGGAAGAUGGUGGUAACUACAGCUGCUCGGCCACAAAUGAGUUUGGAAGAGCCGAGGAUUCGGUGUCAGUGGAAGUGGUGGCGUUACCAAAGCCAACACCCAAAAAACGAAUCACCACAACACCUGCCUUCGUUAAAAUGCACCCAUCUGUACAUCAAACAACAGACAAAACAUCUGUUUUUGAUUCUGUGCGUCUCCCUGAUUUAAAGAGAAAAGACAUCAUGAACACUGCACCCAGUUUUCUGCCCACUGCAGAGAUCAAGCCCUCCGAGAAGGCAGCAACAUAUCCAUCACGUGCUAGUAAAUGCGGCUUGACGGCUAACACGAGAUACAUUUCCAGCCACGUCUUUAAUGGGAGCAUGGAUGAUAUCAAGCAGUACACAUUUGACUUUGGCGUCAUCGCAUUAGGGGUGUCAGAAACAGAGGUAACAGUGCGACUCAACCCUCUUCUCAUACCCAGAGACCGCAGCGCCAAACGGGGUGCCAACGCCGCUGCCACCACAUCUGAGAGCCUCCACGCUGACAGUGAAGAACACAAUGGCCUGGCUGACUCCUCCGAAAAAGUCAUCUCAGAUGGCUUGUACCUGUGCGUCACUGCCGACCGCAAACACUCAGCUGUGCAGUGGUCGCGGAUCAAAGAGGGCGUCAACACGUAUCUGUUCAGCGGUUUACGCCCCGGCACCAACUACUCCCUGUGUCUGACCUACAGAGGGGAGGACUGUGAGGUUCAGGUGCUGUUCACAACGAAGAGGAGGACGCCUAACCUGCUCAUCAUCAUUUCCGUCAGCAUCUGCCUCCUCACCGUGUCCACUGUACCCCUCCUGGGUGCGACGUGCUUCCACUUGGUGUACAAAUACCGCAGCAAGACCUACAAGCUCAUCCUGAAGGCCAAAGACCAGUACCACAUGGAGAGGAACCUCACCGCCAACUUUAACAUCCGUGCACCUCACACUGAGUCCCAGAGGAAGAUUAACGGCAGCCAGCUGGACGAGGAGGAGGGGGAGACGGAGAGUGGGGAUGGUGAGAGAGAAGCAGAUACAGAAGAAAGUGUAAUGACUGAAUCCUUUUCUUUGUCUCAGUGCAGGAAUUUAGACAACUGUGAGGUCGCCUCUGAGUACAGUGACAGGUUACCUUUGGGGGCUGAGGCAGUGAAUAUUACAAGCAACUACAAAUAUCCGAAUCAGUAAUUGUUGACAUCAUUAGCAGUUUACAUUUGCAUGUGGUCAAAGGGUAAAACAGGAUUUUGUUUCAGUUUGUGCCAAUGGUUUAGGCUUCCUUUAGUUGUGCAAAGGCAGCCCUGAAAUAUUGCUUUAUUCCACAGAGAUCUGACAAGACAUAAAAUACAUUUAUUUACAGAGCUGAAUCGUUCAGUCACUGGACAGGCUACAUGCUGCCAGGCUGUGAUUGACAGAGGAUGUUUUCCAGACAAACAUUUUAGGGAAAUGUGAACUAGGCCUGGAAAUGAAAACCUUGUUAGGUUUUUGUGACUGGAAAUAUCACAGCCUGUUUUCCUCCUUUCAAAAUAGGCAAUUUUCUGUGAUGCAUUCAUGUACACUUUUGAAAAAUGAGUUCCAUAAACAACGUUAGAGCAAAAAUACAACCAGCGUGUGUUCCAGAGAGAGAAACUGGGUGCUCAACCUCAAAAUUUUAAAUCAAUUAUCAAAGCAGAGGCAGCGCUCCAUCAAAGCAGUCAGUGUCUGUCCAGCCUCAUAUUUUUAUUAAGAUAGUAUACUUUUAAUAAGAUUUUAUUAAGAAGUCUGAGCCAGAGGCCUUCCUCAGAGCAUGAGUAGUGUUUAAGAUAAUAGUUUGGUAUUAAGGGAAAUGCAUUUAUUUGCUUAUCUUGCAGAGAGUUAGAUGAGAAUAUCAAACCCACUCUCAUGUCUCUCCAUAGAUGUAUAAAGAGAAGUGGAGGCGGGCCCCUGUAAAUUGCUAUGAAAAUUGCUCAGUGGCACAUGAAGCCAAAAAACUUUGACUUCUCUGGUACCCAUAUCGUCUGUGUCAUUGGGCCCAUAUCCUCCUGAGACCCGAACUUUUGUUUGGUAUGCAUUUUUAAUUUCUCCUAGCUAUUUUGAAUCAGUAGGAUCUGAUAAGUAUGAAAAACUUAACAUUAUCAGUGAUAAUUAAGUCCCAGUGCCCUCAAACGAGACAACAAUAAAGUCCCAAUGUCCUCAAAUAAGAUGAUAGUCCCAAUGUCUUCAAAUGGUUAUUUCCUAAUUAACAGUUUCGUAGGCUAAAAUUAGUCAAAUUUGUUGCCAUAUCAAAUUACAAACAUUAAUCAUAAAUUAAAAAGUUUCAACCAUAAAAUUUGAUCAGGUUUUGGACCUUGUCCACUCUUGUGUCGUGAUCAGCUGCAGACUGACUUGGCAGAGAUGGCUGCCAUCUUGUUUUUACAUGGAUUAGUGUAUUGUGCUCUUAUUACCAUUAGAUGGCACAAAAAACAUCCACAAACAAGGACAACAGUUCAGAGUUAAGCAGAAUGAAGUAUAAGAUCAAGUAAACCCAAAAUGUGAUGUCCUCAUAUGAGGACACAGGGUCUCAGGAAGAUAGAGCAAGCGCACUACAGACUUCGCCGGCCAAGCAGCUAGCUAAUAGUUUAGCACUCCGCUAACGUGGAUGUAGAUGAAAUGAUGUAAUUGUACAGCACUUCUCAACUCUUUAGAUAUUAUCUGACCAAACUGAUCAAACCCGACAGUGAAAUGGAUCAUUUUGACAGUCUCUGAUGCUCAGAAACAUUUAUCCAUUGAUUUACAGACACCACUUUCACAUUGUAAGUCUACUGGAAAAUGUUUUUUGGGCCCAAUGGCAUCACCCGACAGACCUGGGUGUUGUAGUUACACAGUUUGGCCACUACACCAAAUUGGCUUCAAAGUCCAGCACUUUUCCCUGGGGCCUGUAGCUGUCCAGUAGAUAUGCUACCUUAGCAUAGCACAAAGACUGGAAUCAGGGGUAAACAGCUGGCUCACUAACAGUUUUAGUUGGCUUGCCAAAAAACACAGUAAGUGCCACUUUCUCCACGGCAGCCCAGUUCUCUUUUUUUAAAUAGAAAAUGCAAAGAACUUUUAAAAGUGCAUCUUGAUCCAAAAAAAACAGCCCAUCGCUGGAAUAAAUGUUGGCAUUGUACGUUUCUGAAAAAUCACAGAUAUGUUACACAUGUAUGUUUCAUAUGUAGCAGAUAUGUUAAAACUAAAAUUUGGUUAACGUGUGGUUAGGCUACUUAGAUUUAGAUUUUGGAACAGAUCAUGUUUUGGCUUAAAAUAGAUGUUUUGGUUACAAACAUGGCUGAAAAUGCCCUAACCUCCUGUUAAAGGUUGUUGGUCUUGAAUGUGUACAGUGGUCUGCUGCUGUCCUGUGCUCAGCGGUGUCAGGCCAUCCACCACCCCGUCCUCCUGAGAGACUCAACUCAUGUACAUGUAAUCUGAACUACAUCAUACUUAUCAAACGUACAAAUAUAACUUAUCUGUGGUUUGCAGGAAUGUAAACAUUUUAUUCUGAUGACUGGGCUGAGAACACACAUAGUGAUAGACAAUCAUGGGAUGCAUGAAACAGAUAUCUUCACUGUAUUUUUUUUAAAUAUGUUGUUCAAAAACACCUUCUCUUUUUACAUUAAGAAAUCCAAUAAAAAAAAUGCUGGAUCUGGCCACAUUCUUUGGUCCAGAACUCACAAAAUUUCAAUAAAAUCUGGUGAGAAAUUUCUCACGUGAAUGAUAUAAACAUUGUAAAAAGGAGAAAUAUAACCUCUGCGGCAGGGUUAUAAACAUGAAGUCUUAUUUGUUCAUUUGUGCCUUUAGCGUAAUUUGUAACAGUGAGAUAUUUCAUAUAUUUUACAACUAUAAAAUUUUGUACCAACAUUAGUUUGUUUGGCUGGCAUCAAUGAAUUGUCAAAAUGUUCUUAGAGACAAAAAUGAAACCAUGAAAUUAACAGUAAAUUCUUUAAAAAAUAAACAGCAAAUGAGUGAAAAGAAGAGCGCAAAAUAAUUUCUCCUGAUUUCUUCAAACUAGCAUCGAGAUGAUGACGAUCAAGGUUUGACACAAAAAAAGCGAGUGUUAAAUGAAUCAAAGCUUGUGUCACGUGUAACAUGCAUUGCAAAAUUACUAGGAAAAAUGUCAACUAGGCAGUAGGCAGUAGUGAAUGGGCUAACUGUAACUACAAGAUAACAAUAUUCUGCUUUAACAGUGAACCUGUGCUGUCGUAUUAGGGUCGCAGUAGCUUAAAACUACAGAUACUUAACAGGAGUUUAAAUGUUUAGAAAAAGUGUGUUGUUUCAAAAGCAAAAACGUAAUGUCACACAGCUACGAGCUCUUUGUCCAGUUACUCUGUGAACAUUUAAAUUACAAUAACUGUUUUCAUGUUAAAUAAAACUGGGUGUUUUCAAUAAGCUCUCUGUCACGCUGGUAAAAUGUGGACACGCUAGUUCAAUAUCCACAGAAUCUACUGCAGACUGUGUAUAACAGCACAAGCACUUCAGACCGUGUGUGUGAAGUUACUGCCUCGUUGUAUCUGGGUCUCGUGUCCAUCCUGUCGUGUUUCCCAGAGUACUGUGUUAGAGGACCUGCAUGCUGCCUGUUAUUGUGAGUCACAGUAUGCUGUGUCUGGUGUAAAUAUUCUGGACUUCAAGAGUAAAUCUGAGUCUGUGUUUUUUCUGUUUUAUACCCCUGUAAUAAAGGAAGUAGUAGGGAUUUACCAAAGUGUUUAAAUAUCCUCACUAACUCUCCUCAUCCUAUGUGCCUCAAUAAAGUUUUGAC